AUGGGCAUCUACGACAUAUCCGCGAUGAUUACAUUUAUUACUAAUAUGAGAUCGGAACUAUUGCAUACAUACAUCGGUCAUUCAAUGGGUGCAACCAGUUUUUAUAUAACGGCGUCAAAGCGUCCGGAAAUCGCUCAAAUGGUGCGAAUGAUGAUCAACCUUGCGCCAGCGGUUUAUACAAACCAUAUGCAAAGUCCAAUACGAUAUUUGGUCUCCUACAAAAAAGAAUUACAGACUCUACUGCCCGUCAUCUUCAGUUACUUUCCGGCCGGUGCCUCGAUUAAGACGACGGCGCAUUUCGCUCAGAUAAUUGAAUCGGGCGAGUUUCGUCAAUAUGACUACGGUCGCGCGAAAAAUCUCGUGAUAUACAACUUGGUGGAGCUUCCGGAAUAUGAUCUAGCGAAUAUCACGAUACCAGUUGCUUUGUUCUAUUUCGACGAUGACAAGUUGAUCAGCUCGAUGGAUUUGAAGAGGUUGUCCCAUGUAUUACCCAACGUAAUGGACUUAUAUCAAAUAUCGGAGUCCAAAUUUAACCAUCUGGACUUUUUAUGGGCCAACAAUGCGCCUCAACUUGUAUACGAAAAAAUUUUCCAGAUUAUGAGAGAGGAGAAUCCAAAUAAUAUUACAUCUACGAAAUAAUGA